AUGCCCAUGGUAGCAAUGUUUUUAAGAAAUAAGUUCAUCGCUUGGUUCGCGCUGAUCCAGAGUGUACAUUACUAUUUUAACACCGACCCUGAGGAAGCUAGUGCUGCAGCUGCGUCGAACAAGGGCUCGAUGGACCAGCCGCCAUUAAUGAAAGUAUUGCUGAGCGUUGUCGGUUUGGUUGUUUGCUACAUGAAUCUAGUCAUCCCGCAGCCUCCGAUGGCGCCAUCCAAGGCGGCGGAAACCACUUCGGCAGCACCUAGUGAGCCAACUACAGCCUAA